GAUUCUUCAACAUUUUGCCACUACUCACCCCUUCUUCCUCCUCUACACCACAACAUCCAAAUCAUCCAAAAUGGCCCCUCACGCAACCGACACCAACGGCAAUGCCGUCAACAAUGGCGAAGCGCCCCUCGAACCCGGCGUCAGCAGCAAACACGCCCAAGACCGCGCCGUCAACUUCCCUCGGCCUCCCGUCUUCGAAGACAAGCUUGAGCAGCGCGAGUACAUGAAGGGCCGGCUGGCAGCUGCCUUUCGUAUCUUCGGGAAGAAUGGCUUCGAUGAGGGCGUGGCGGGGCAUAUCACCUUGCGCGACCCCGUCAACCCGGACAGCUUUUGGGUGAAUCCUUUUGGCGUCUCGUUUUCGUUGAUGCGGAAGAGCGAUUUGAUUCUCGUCGACCACUCCGGCAAAGUGAUUGAUGGUGGGCCGGUGCGUCUGCUCAACACCGCAGCGUACAUGAUCCACUCCGCCAUUCACAAGGCUCGACCCGACGUCAUCUGCGCCGCCCACAGCCACUCCCUCUACGGUCGGACGUGGUGCUCGCUCGGCCGCAAGAUUGACACUCUCACACAAGACGCUUGCGCUUUCCACAACGAUCACGUCGUCUACGAUGCUUUCAACGGUGUCGUACUCGCGGAGAAGGAAGGCAAGGCUAUCGCGGCGUGUCUGGGCGACAAGAAGGCGGCAUUGCUGCAGAAUCAUGGUUUGCUGACCGUCGGACAUACCGUUGACGAGGCCGUCUUCUGGUUCCUCUCCCUCGAAAAAUGCUGCCAUUCGCAGCUCAUGGCCGAAGCCGCCGCCGCUUCGCGUGGCGAGAAGCCCAUCAUCAUCCCCGAGGAGGAGGCGACUUAUACCUACCGGACUGUUGGAAGUCAUCGCGCGGGCUGGUUCAACGCCAAGCCUUCGUUCGACUUGAUCCACCAUGAGACUAAAGGGGAGUAUUUGCAGUGAUGGUAGCGGAGUUUCGUAGCCAAUGCAAUCAAGGGGUGUUUCUUCCAAUCCCAUGUAGGGCCUGGUGAUUGCCGCGGUACAGCUUAAAGCCAGGCGUCCGGAGAAUGGAUCUGAAUACUCUUCUUGCAUGAUGCAGCCUCAGACGGCUGACCCUACACUUUGCUCAUUCAACCUCUACCGAGUGACGCGUCCGGAAGAUGAAGGUCGUCGCAGUUGCAUCACGGCUGAUUCGUAAGCGACUGUUUUGAUGGCGUCCAGCCUGUCUUAUUGAUACCGUCGCAAUCCUUGUGUCGUGCUGUAACGAGCACUCACUUUCCCCGCAAGACACAACAACGCGCAGCAUUGAAACCAUUGGACUUGCUACUCGCCCAGCUUCUAAAAUCCGCAACAGACAUGCAGCCGUGUGGUGCUCAGAG